AUGAGAGUGCUAUGUACAGAUCAAGAUAAUAAAAAUGUUGUCAAAGAUUUACUUUUAAUAGGCAAAGGCGAAUUCCAAGCAACGAAUGAUAAAAUAAAUAUUAAAAGUUUUUUUAAUUCAGUACCCACUAUAACAAAAUUGAUUCAAAAUGUGUACCCGAACAUUCAAAAUAAAUCAUUGAAAUGGUUUCAAGAAAGGGCUAUUUUGUCACCAACAAAUGAGCAAGUCGGCAAAUUAAAAGAUUUGAUUCUAUCUAGGUUUGACGCUCAACCACAAAUGUACUAUUUAGUUGAUACGUUUUUAGAAAAAGAGGAUGCAGUCCAUUUCCCAAUUGAAUUUCUUAACUCUUUAACGCCUUCUGGAGUCCCACCACAUACACUGAUUUUAAAAAUAGGGGCACCUAUUAUUUUAAUGAGAAAUUUGAGCCCACCCACACUUUGCAACGGUACAAAAUUACAAAUCAAAAAAUUUAGAAGUUUAUUACUUGAGUGCAUAAUAUUAACAGGCUGUGGUAAUGGAAAAAUUGUUUUAAUACCAAGAAUACCAAUUAUACCCUCAGAUUUACCUUUUAAGUUUAAACGUAUUCAAUUUCCCGUUAAAUUAGCAUUUGCAAUGACUAUAAAUAAAGCACAGGGACAAACACUUAACGUUGCUGGAAUUGACCUAAGCGUUCAAUGUUUUUCUCACGAUCAACUAUACGCCACCCUGUCACGUGUGACAUCCAAAUUUAAUUUGUAUAUUUUUGCCCCCGAUCCAGAAAAAGUUUAUAACGUUGUUUACAAAGAAAUCUUUGAAUUAUCAAAAUACUGCCAUAAUUCAUAUCUUUGGUUCCAUCCAUAG